UUGUCUUUGACAAAAGUGUGUUGUGAGGAGGCAGGACAGACACAUUAUCUGGAGGAGCAGAGUGAAAACAUCACUAGCAGAGGUCUGACACACACUGAAUGUGUUCGAUGGCUCCCGCUGUUCUGCUCAUCGGCUGUGUACUCGCCACAAUCAGCUGCUUAACCACAGCUCAAACUAGUAUCACUCCAUCUGGACUAACUACAACUACUGCAACUACCACCUCCUUACCUAUUACAACACCGCCUACACCAGCACAGAAUACAACAACAACCCCACCAGCACCAGCAAUAAUUACAUCAACAUCUUCACCAGCACCAACUACCACAACAUCUACAGCACAUCCACCAGCAUAUCCAACUUUUGAUCCUCCCUUCGACACCACUGCACCUCCUACCCCCAUCUCCACUGUGGCUACUACCUCCAUCUCGACCACGGCUCCUACCUCCAGCUCCACCUCAGCUCCACCCAAAGUAAUUACUAUUCUCGAGAUGAAGGUGAAGACGUUGACUGAAGAAGAGCGUCAGGCUGAACUGUUUGAGAUUGGCAAAGUGCUGGAGAAUUUCUUAAGAGCGAAUUAUACUGGCAACUUCUCUGUUAAAAUCACGAAAAUUAAAAAGUUAUCACCAUAG